AUGAGUGAAAAAGAGUUACUUGAAGUAGAUGAUUUAGAUGUGGAUGAAGAUGUUAAUGAAUUUGAUGAUAACCAAGAAGGAGCCAUCGAUGACUCUGCUUUAUUCAAAGACCCCGGGGAAGAAGAUGACGGGAAACCGCGAUUAGAGAAUGGUGCAGAUAAACUCUUUGAAAUACCAGAGUUCACCAGAAAGGAUAAGACCCUUAAUGAAAUCCUAAAUAUGAUGGAAGACAAUCCUCCCAUUAUCCCAGAUGCAGUUAUCGAUUACUAUCUUACCCGAAACGGAUUUGACUGUGCAGACGUUAGAGUCAAAAGACUACUUGCACUAGCAACACAGAAGUUUGUAAGUGAUAUUGCAACUGAUGCGUAUGAAUAUUCUCGCAUACGAUCUGCUAUUACAGUUCAUAACUCUAACAAUGGACAAGCAAGAGCAAGACAAUUAAUUCUUGGACAGCAACAGCCGGGGCAACUCACACAACAGCAACAGCAGCAAAAUGAAAGGACAAAGGCCAAUAAGGUGGUUUUAACUGUUAAUGACUUGAGCAGUGCAGUUUCCGAGUACGGCUUAAACAUUGCUAGACCAGACUUUUAUCGUUGA